UUACUUGGUAAUUUUAAGUCGACAGACACCUCUGGAACCCGCCUUAAAUGCUUGUCUCGGUUUUGAGUUGUGCAUUUUUAAAUGUGCUACUUUGAAGUUGUUCCUAAGCUGGUCCGGUGGAAGUGUAUCGCAGAGCAACAAACAUGGUGGAAUUGAUUGCUGUGAGCAGCUUUCAGAGCCAGGAAGGCGAUGAGCUGAGUUUCGGGGUUGGGGACAUCAUCAAGAAUUCUAAAUGCACGAAAGAGGAUGGCUGGUGGGAAGGAGAGCUGAAUGGGAGAAGGGGCCGGUUCCCAAGAAUAUUCCUCAAGGAAAUGCCAACUCAAACCAACGAAUCUGGAAACCGUAUACAGCCUCGUUCAAUGCGCAGAAAGCCAGUGGUAAAGAAGAAGAAGCAGAGAUGGUGUGAGGUGGUCAUUUCCUACAGCCCUGUGAAAGCAGAAGAGCUGGAACUCAACCUGGGAGAUGUCAUUGAGAUCCUCGAUGAGAUUGAAGAUGGUUGGUGGAUAGGAAGAAAGAAUGGUCAGACUGGGGGCUUCCCAUCUAAUUUUGUCAUAGAAAUGGACAACACAGACGGGAAGGCCCGAGGCUUUGCUACUGAGUCUGAUUUUGGUGUCCUGAAUGAAAGCAUGCCAAGCUCAGACAUCCAGGUCCCAAUGUUUGGAUCAUUGCAUCCCAGUGCAAGCCUUGGAAAACCUGGAAGUGGGAGACAACAGCUGGAAUACUAUAAGGCAGCAUUUGACUACACUACAUGGGCAGAAGAUGAACUCAAUCUACGCAAAGGAGAUGUCAUCCUAGUAUUAGAGAAGGAGACAGGAGAAGAAGGCUGGUGGGAGGGAUAUAUGGACGGAAAGCAAGGAUUAUUCCCAGACAACUAUGUGGUUCCUUAUGUAGAAGAGGCAGAGAUGAGCAAGGACUUCCCUCCAGGAGUCAAAACAGAUGUGGAUCUGUGUGAGAAGGAAGAGCCCAAGAAUGAGCGGUCAGGUACUGUGGUCAAACCUGGGACUCUGAAAAAGGUGCCACCACCUGUAAAAGUGAAGCCAGUGUUGUCAACCCUGCAAAACAAAGUUAAUGGAGAACAAGCUCUCGCUCCACAGGACCAGAAAAAAACAGCCAGAGACAGGAACAGUGAUUCAGAUUCGGUGACCUUUGACAUCCUCGCUGCAUCCACAGAGAAGCUGACCCACCCGACGACAGACAGGCCCAAAGCCAAGGGGCGCAGACCACCCUCUCAGUUUGUGACUUCACCUGUCCAGGAUGUCAAAAGGUCAGUACAGCUCUCAGGAGCGAAGGUCACUGCUCUGAUCUGCCAGCAGACAGACCUUCCCCCACUGAAAAUGCACAGGGGGACAGCUGGCAAGCCACCAACUGAUUUGACCAAUUCAACAAGCAAACCGCAGAGAGAGGCCGAGAGCGACGACAAAGCGAUUACACUCCUAGCUUUGAGAGCUGAGGUCCGAAGCCUCCAGCUGAGCGUUGAUCUACUGAAGAACCAACAUUUGAGCGAUAUAACUGCUUUAAAAGAAGAGAUAGCAGAGGAGCGGAUCAAACGAAAUGCACUGCAGGCGGAGAUUGAAAACCUGAGAAAAUUCACAACAACUCUACAAAAGCACUGAUUUCAAACCUUGCUCUCUAUCCCCUGAUUCCUGGCCCCAGCCUGUGACCCACCCUCUGUGAAGUUAAAAUUCAAGUGGACAAUGCCCUGGAGUUUGACAAAUCUGAAGCCUAUUCAGGCAAUAUGGGAUUGUUAAGCAGUUUGGUGUGUGUGUGUGUGUGUGUGUGUGUGUGUGUGUGUGUGUGUGUCAUACCUGGUGGUGAUGGAGGUCUGUGCAUUCCCAGUGUCAAAAGGUGAAGACACAGAGCCAGACAGGACAGCCACCAGCUUGGAAAAAAAACACACUUGAAUAGGCUUCUAUUUGUUUGGCACUAUGCAUGACCUCAAGACAUUCUCAAAUACUUUCCAAUUUAUGACUGAGGUUUGGUGAUGUAAAUCCAAGGGGGCUAACUGGGUGAAAGUCUUGCACUGGUAUCCUGCACCCUCUGUAUUGUUAGAGUGGCAGAUUCCACUUCUCAACCAAACUAAUACAGUCAGGUCAAUUCUCUUUCUACCACUCAACAGUCUUCAAACUCCAGUCAGAUGUUCAGAUUGACCCAGUGUUUGGCACCGUGUGAGUUUACACCUGGGCAUCACAGACUGGUGCCAGAACAUGGCAUCUACAGAUGGUCAAACCUGGAAUAAACCAGGAGGUUUUAAAAAAUUAAUGAGGAUCUAGGCUAGGCUCAGAGGGCAGUUAAGUGUGAACCAUAUUGCUAUGGGUCUAGAGUCACAUGUAGGCCAGACUGGGUAAAGAAGGCAGUUUCCCUCCCUAAAGGACAUUAGUGAAUCAGAUGGGUUUUUCUGACAAUUGACAAUGGAUUCAUGGUUAUUGUUAGACUCUUAAUUCCAGAUUUUUAUUGAAUUCACAUUCCACCAUAAUGGAAUUCAAUUCCUGAUCCCCGGAGCAGUAUCUGGGUCACUGGAUUAACAGUCCAGUGAUCAUUCCACUAGGCCAUCAUCUCUCCUAAAGUUAAUGUCUGCCCAAGCUUCCUGACUGUCAGCUCCCAUCACAUUGGUUGAGAUGUGAUAUGAAGUAAAUUCAUAUUACCUCCUGAGCACAGUCAUUUUAAAGAGCGUGCUGUUCUGUGUCAAGUUUCUCAUGGCCACUGACAACAUGGGGGUCUUUUACAUGUUCAACAAUUUUAGUCUGUUCUGUCACCAAAAUAUUUGUAAUUCAAAUAGAAGAGCUACUUUGUAUGAA